GGAAACCUUAGAUUCUUGCACUGCUACUUUAGUAGGCUCUGUGCGUUCGCUUACAUACCAACAUCAUCUCCGCUAACACGUUCGCUCCCACCUCCACUAGUGCUUUCGCGGCGUCGCCGUCGGUAUCUACCCAUAGCGGCAUUGGCGCAGAUUGUUGACUGGUCGCCGUGUUCCUUCCUGGUUUCGGCGCCGCUGCUCGAUCAUCGAGUUGACCCACCCUCAGCCAUGCUUAGCGCUGCGCUCGCCCCCCAUUGUGCCUCUCCGUCCGCGCUUGUUUCCGCCAGCGCACACCCCUCUCAAGCGUCAGCGCGCCAAGCAGCGCAUCUCCGCUCCGCCGCCAUGAUCGGCGGAGCGUCCGCCCUCCCCUCCGCGUGCCCCCCCGCGCAGCUGCACCGAGAUCUCCCCGCACCUACCCCCGCCCGCACGCGCGCAGAGACGUCUCCAGCAGCAGCAGCAGCAGCUUCCGCCAGCGCAGCCGCCCCCGCCGCAGGCGCGGACGCGAGGGGGGGGGAUGCGCUGACGGCGCUGAACCCAGUGGUGGCAGGGCUAGCAGCGUCGCGCACGGCGCAGCUGACAGACGCGGCGAGGGCGCUCAAGGCGCAGGGCGUGCCCCUCAUCGAGCUGGCUGCGGGGGAACCGGAUUUCGACACCCCCAAGGAGAUCGUAGAGGCAGGAGUGGAGGCUCUACGGCAGGGCUUCACCCGCUACGCGCCCAACCAGGGCAACCUGGAGCUCAGAGCGGCCAUCUGCGAGAAGCUCAAGACUGAGAACGGCCUCACCUAUGCGCCAGAGGACGUUGUUGUGACCAACGGCGCCAAGCAGGCGAUCUUCCAGGCUGUCAUGGCCACCUCUGGGCCGGGCGACGAGGUGAUCAUCCCGGCGCCCUACUGGGUGUCGUACCCCGAGAUGGCGCGCCUGGUGGGAGCCACGCCCGUCAUCCUGCCCACCACCACCGCCGAUUCCUUCCUCCUCUCCCCCACCGCGCUGCACUCCGCGCUCUCCCCCGCCUCGCGCCUCCUCAUCCUCUGCUCGCCCUCCAACCCCACUGGGGCCGUGUACUCACCAGAGCAGUUGCAGGAGCUGGCUGAGGUUGUGGCUCAGCACCCUCGAUUACUGGUGCUGGCAGACGAGAUCUACGAGCACAUCAUCUACCCGCCAGCUCAGCAUGUGAGCUUCGCUGCUCUCCCCGGCAUGUGGCAGCGGACUCUCACAGUCAACGGCUUCUCCAAGGCAUUUGCCAUGACCGGCUGGCGCCUGGGCUAUCUCGCAGCCCCCAAGCCAUUCGCUGCAGCGUGCAACCGCAUUCAGAGCCAGACCACAUCUGGCGCCAGCAGCAUCGCUCAGAAGGCAGCCAUGGCAGCAUUCCAGCUGGGGCCGCAUGGCGGCGCCACCGUGGCUGCGAUGGUGGACGCGUUUAGGAGGAGGCGAGACAUGCUGGUGGCUCGGCUGGAGUCGAUACCUGGGGUCAAGCUGGCGGUGCCUCAGGGAGCCUUCUACCUCUUCCCUGACGUCUCCUCCUUCUACGGCCGGUCGGGUCCAGGGUUCGGGCCAAUCACAGACAGCGAGUCCAUGUGCCGAUACCUUCUAGAGAGAGGGCAGGUGGCUCUAGUGCCAGGGGAGGCCUUUGGAGCACCGGAGUGCAUUCGGAUAUCGUAUGCGGCAUCCGAUGAAGUGUUAUUGGAAGCCAUGGACAGGAUCGAGAAGGCCAUUUCUGAAAUUGAGUAGGUGAUAGGUCGUAACAAAUUUCUAUCCAACAGUUAAUUAAGGGCCUCAGACGAAUCCGUGCCAAUUGUCUUUGAUAGAGCAGCGCGACAUACUAUACCGGAGCGGUCCUUGCUCGAGAUUGAAUGAAACUCGAGGCUGUGUUCGAUGAGGCUUUCGGCGCUGCCCGAAAUGCGAGCUAGAGCCUGGCGGGUCGUUUCUUUCUGGACUGCGGAGCCGUGAAAAAACAGUUUCUUUUUUC